AUGGCGGUCGUGGUAUCCGGCAAUGCUGUCUUCGGGACGGACAAUACUCUGAACGAAGAGAUCGCCGAAAUCUGGGAGAUGGAAGAGAGGAUGGAUCAGCUUGUCAAGAUGUCUCCAGGCGAGGAUUAUGAGAAGAACCUGAAGUCUGAGAGCGUGCUGGAGAAGCUGAAUGCUGUGCAAAGCGGACAUAAGAAAAAGUCGGAGAAGUGGGCGAGGCUCAAAAAUACUUUCAUUCACACACUCACCGUAUCUCCAACGUUGGAGGCAUGA